AUGCGCCUCCUUGAACAACAUAUCGAGCGUGAUGGCUCUGGAACCAUCACUCUUAUGCCAGAAGAACCAGAAGAUAUGUGGCAUGCCUAUAACCUCAUAACCCCCACCGACAUCCUUCGCGCCAGCGCUCUCCGCAAGAUUAGCAGAGAAACCGCCACCGGAAGCGUAACCACAACCCGCACACACUGUACCUUAUCCAUCAGCGUCGUAUCUUUAGAUUUCGAUCCUCAAGCCGGUCAAUUACAUGUCAAAGGUCGCAUAAGUGAGGAGAACUUAUACGUCAAGGUCGGCGCAUAUCAUACUCUCGAUCUGGAACUGAACCGCAAAUUCACAAUCGCCAAAAUCGAUGGCUGGGAUUCCGUAGCUCUGGAUGUUGUGAAAGAAGCCAUACGAGAGGACAAGGAGGGCGUAGUGCCUGCGAUCGUGAUGCAAGAGGGAAUGGCGAAUAUAUGUUUAAUCACUGAACAUCAAACCAUUUUAAAGCAGAGAAUCGAAACCAGGAUACCGAAAAAGAGGGCCGGAAUGGCUGGAGAUUACGAUAGUGGCAUGAAGCGCUUUUACCAGACUGUACUCGAAACACUCUUGAGAUAUGUAGAUAUUACUCAACAACGCCCAUUAUUACUCGCAAGUCCCGGAUUUGUCGCACAAGGGUUUCAGAAAUAUAUACUGGAGGAAGCAAGUAGGACAGGGAAUAAAGCCGUACUAGCCAAUAAGAAUAAUUUCGUCGUGGUACACAGCAGUUCUGGCCAUCUUCACAGUCUCAACGAGAUCCUCACGAGCCCAGAAGUAUUGGCUAAACUUAGCAAUACGAAAUACGCCCGCGAAACCCGCUUCAUGGAUGAGUUUAUGACGAUGCUUCGAAAAGAUGAUGGUAGAGCAUGGUAUGGACCGGCUGAAGUGGAGAAAGCAGUUGAGCAGGGUGCGGUAGGAGCAGGUGGUGGGGUUCUAUUAAUAAGUAACGAAUUGUUUCGAAGUCAGGAGAUAGGAGUUAGGAAGAGAUGGGUCAAAGUGGUAGAUAAGGUUAAAAACGAUGGGGGAGAAGCGAGGGUGUUAAGUAGUGAUCAUGAAAGUGGAAAGAGGUUGGAGGGAUUAGGCGGUAUUGCCGCGAUACUGACGUAUCCUCUAGAGGACCUGGAUGAGGAGAGCGAAGAGGAAAUUGAAAACGAGGAGGAUUCGACGGCGAAGGGGGUACAGGCUAUGGUUAUAUAG